CUUACCUAUUUGACAUUAUGUGAUGGAAGUUGACCUCAAUACAUGUUUGCAAAGUUUGAUGUCAGCUUUCAAUUUGACGACACUGUAUGAAAUAAAACAGGAAGAAAAAAGCAGCCCUCGCUGAGUUUCUUGCCGGUUCUUCUCAGUACAAGGAUGUGCGAGUCGAUGGCGUAGCUUUGACGCUCACAUGUGCUUAUAAAAGCCUAAAUAAACUAUAUAAAUUGUUGAAACUGUUUAGCUUAUAAUUGUGAGGGAUGCCCUCCUCUAUAGAUAAGAGAAAAUCGACUAAGUAUUAAAAAGUGUUAUAAUUAUAAAUUACAUUAUGCUUACGAUUUCUUUUUUCAUUCAAGGUAGCCUGUAAGUAUUCAAUCAUGUUGCUGUAUAUCUAGUUUUUUUACUGACUAUUGUAAGAAAAACAACAAAAGUUUGUAAAUAAACAUUAAAUGUGAUUUUCAAAUAAAAACUAUUGUUCUAUCUUUUCUUAUUUAUUACAUAAACCCAAUGUGAUUCAUUGUAACUAAAAAAAAUAGAAACGUAAUACACUUAAAGUGUUGCCUAAAUUUCUUAUACCUAUCUGAUAAUAUUAUUAUUUUUGGGGUAUCUUCUAUCUAAAUCUUUCACAUAUCUUUACGAAAGUUGACGCCCAUAUGUAGCCUUGACCGCUGGUAAGGCCUCUAUAUGGAUUAAUAAAUCUUUCGUUUAGACCACUGCAAGUUACUUAAUAAUCGACGCCAUAUUUAUAACUCCCUCAAUAAAAUGACAAAACUGUGGUAUUUACCGUCAUAAUCUUAAAUAAAAAGUUUGAAUUAAAAAAGGUAAAUUUAUAAAAUCGAACAACCCGAAUGCUUCAAAAUUACUUUAAAUUAAAACUGAAAAGAAAGGCUUUCUUUAUUCGAUAUUCAUAAUAGAAGAAAUUAAAAAACCACUUAAAAAUGACAACUUGAACCGCAGCGCCAUCUUGAUUAUUCAAAACAAAAAAACUGCUAGCGAUAACGAUACCAUCACAGUUCUGUCAAAGUUCAUGCUUGGGCCUCUGUUAAAAGAAUCCUUUAUACAACUCAGUCUUCAAAAGUCAAGCCGUUUAGGUUAUAGAACGCACCAAAGGAAUCUAUUUAGGUCAAGUGCUCAGUGAAUACGCGGGACGCGACGUGCGCGUGCGCCGCGCUCAGCUGGAAACAAAACACAGAACAUUUUAUAAAUUACGUCGAGGCGCGGCGACCCCGCCACGGCCGGCGUUACUCUGUAACGUAAUAUUAUAAGUGUUAUGUAGCAGAUAAGAUCAUCAACAGCACGCUCGCAAACACGACGUGAUAGACCAGGUAAUAACUAACCAUCCUGGUGCAGAGCAGUCGCGGAAAAAAUAAUCCCUUUAUCACCGAUGGAAACUCAAAGAUUAGAUAGCACAGUCAACGAUGGAGUGGCCAUUCCAUUGGCAUUUGAGCAAAGGACGCCCGCCAGUUUAUCACCAACGACCGAAAUGAACCAUCGCUUUCGCUUAGUCGUGUUCUGCUCUGCGGCCAUAGCGGCCGUUUGGUUUGUGUACAUAUCGAUGUCAGCGUUCACUCCGGCCGCACCGCAGACUCGUCUACUCUCCGUCAAGUACAUUCUCCAAUGGACUCCACGAUUUUCGCCCUUUAACCUAAUAAAAGAAGGCUCCGCAGGGUUCCAUUCUAAGAACUGCGCGUACACAAACUGCUUUGUAACAGCUGACAAAAACUUCUUGCCGCACCUCACAGACUUCGACGCGAUAGCGAUUAGUGGGAAAGAGCUGACGAAGCGAAUCGAACUCCCGAAUCAGAGAGCAGAGCAUCAAAAAUACAUCUUCGCUGCUACUGAAUCGGCGGAUUAUUAUCCAGUGUGCGAUAGCGUGUACGACAAUUAUUUCAAUUGGACUUGGACUUAUAAAAUAAACUCGGACUUUAGAUGGGGAUACAUAAAGAUAUAUGACUUGGACGGGCGACUGGUUGGGCCAAAGAAAGAUAUGCAAUGGCCGACGUUGGCGCCUAUAGGUGACGAGUUAAAGAGGAAAUUGGACGGUAAAUCCAAAUUCGCAGCUUGGUUUGUUUCCAACUGUAAUACAUUGAGUAAAAGGGAGAUGUUUUAUAAACUAAUGGAGAAUGAAUCUAAGGUUUUGAAUUACAAUUUGACUGUGGAUGUGUACGGUAAUUGUGAAAAACUAAAGUGCCCCCGUGACAAAGAGGAAGACUGUUAUAAGUUAGUGGAAGACGACUACUACUUCUAUUUAUCGUUCGAGAACUCUUUUGCCGAGGAUUAUGUGACAGAGAAGUUGCUGACGGCCCUUAACCAUUAUGCCAUACCUGUGGUGUACGGUGCUGCUAAUUAUUCACGAUUCCUGCCGCCGGGGAGUUACCUCAACGCCCUGGAGCUCGGCGCGAGGAACCUCCUCGAGAGAAUGAACGAGAUCUACAACGACAAGGAGAAGUUCUACGAUUUCUUCAGGUGGAGGAACCACUACAGAUACGAACAUUCGUUGGGCAAAGACGUGUGCGACUUGUGCGCGGCGCUCAACAAUGAGGAGAUGAUGAAACCGCACACGCAUACAAACCUGAGGAAGUGGUGGAACGACGCCCGAUGGGACGACAAAAACAAUAGGUGCAGUUAGCAAACUAAGAGACGGAAUCAAAUUCCAC